CGGACCGCCCGGGGGCCGACGCGCUGCCCCUUCCGGCCCGCGGGCUCUGCUCGGCUCUUCCCGGCGCGCUCGGCCUUCGGCUGUUUCCGGAGCCACUGGCGGCGAGCGGCGGAGGUGCUACCCGCGCGGGCUGCAGAUGUCUGACCCGCAGGUCGCUGAGGGGCCGGGCGUCUGGAGCCCCGCAGCCCCCCGAGGGCCGGCGCGCGGCGUCGGGGACGGCCUGGGAGUGGAAGGGAGCCAGGCGGCCGCCUCAGACAAUGAAGAUCUAGAGGACACCAAGGCCGCCUCAUUCGUGGCUUCUGCCUCUGAUCCAGAACCCCAUUCCUCACCCUACAGGCCGCAGAUGGUAUCUCCAGGGAGGGAGGAUGCCGAGGAAGGCCCGCGGAAGGCAGCUGGUGCCGUGGAGGCUCAGGCCAUGGUGGAACAGGAAUUGCUGCCUGCAGGCCAGGCCCAGGUCCUCAGCAAGAUGGCCAGGUACCACGGUCCGCAAAGGUCUGGGGACAUCGUUAUGAUCCAGUCGGAGCACACGGGAGCUAUAGAUAUUCUUUCAGCUGAUUUGGAAUCUGCAGACCUCCUGGGGGACCACAGGAAAGUCUCCCCACCUCUGAUGGCUCCUCCGUGCAUCUGGACCUUUGCCAAGAUGAAGGAAUUCAAAAGCAGGCUGGGUAAAGAGAAGAACAGCCGUCUGGUGGUGAAGCGGGGCGAGGUGGUGACCAUCCGGGUCCCUACCCAUCCAGAGGGGAAGCGUGUCUGCUGGGAGUUUGCCACUGAUGACUAUGACAUUGGCUUUGGCGUUUACUUUGACUGGACCCCCGUAACCAGCACUGACAUAACUGUUCAGGUCAGUGAUUCCAGUGAGGAUGAGGAUGAAGAUGAGGACGAGGAGGAGGAGAUUGAAGACCCUGUCCCAGCUGGAGAUGUGGAGAGAGGCUCCAGGAGCUCCCUGCGGGGCCGCUACGGGGAGGUCAUGCCCGUGUACCGGCGGGACAGCCACCGGGACGUGCAGGCCGGCAGCCACGACUACCCCGGCGAGGGCAUCUACCUGCUCAAGUUCGACAACUCCUACUCCCUGCUCCGCAACAAGACUCUCUACUUCCACGUCUACUACACUAGCUGAAGGCCCGCUGGCGCAGGAGGCAGGCGGGUGUUCGCGGGCCGGGGCAGGCUGCCGGCUGGGGCCUCUCGGUUGGGACAGGCAAGAGCUAAACGCUGAGCGGGAGGCUCCUGACCUUCAUGCCCUGCCUGGCAUGCCUGACAGUCGCCCCCACGUAGCUUUCCCCCUUCUUGGCUUCUGCAGAUGGUGGUGUAGUGCCCCUGUUCUGUGGUCCCCGACUCACGCUCUUCUUGCUUUCCACUCCAGCAGACUCUCCCGGUGGAGGAAACCAUCAGGAAAAAGCCUAGAAGGAAGUUGGGUGUUGAAACUAGGUUUGUUUUGGUACAAGGUGUAUUAUUCCAGUUGCUGCUCUCUCUGCUCCCAGAGCCUUUCCUGCAGAUGGGUUUAGUGGCACCCGCUCUCUUCACUUUUUGCAAGGGCUGGAAGAGGGCAAAGCACAGUGUCCAUGAAGGAGCCCAGUCUCCUGGAUGGAGAAAGCUCUGUCCAGCCGCUCACCACUGCCAUAUGCCCGCCUGCUGGUUCUUCAUGGUCUCAAGCCCAGGCCGGGAGCCCUCACUGCCUUUGGAGGGGUGUUAUUGGUCCUGACGGUCUGACUCUGCCUCCUUCCCUCCUCUCCUCCCUUUCCGAAGCCUGUCUUUGCCAUUUCAGCAAGAACUUCCAUGCAAUCCAAAGUGAUGGUCAGUGUAGUUGAACAUGCAGGAAGAAAAACUGCCACUGUCACUUCCUAUUUCAAGAAAUAGUGUCCCCUUCCAAAGACACUGGUGGCCGAAGGGGAAAGGGUGGAAAUUUAGGUACUGGAUUCAUCUCGGAACCCACAUCUUUGAAAGUCAAGAAUUACUAAAUUUUAUUUAUUUAUUUUUUUGGUAUGGUCAAAGAAGGAGAGACAUGAUCUGAGAGAGGAGGUUACAAAACAAAACACUCAGAUUCCCUACCACUGUUUUUUUUUUUGUUGUUGUUGUUGUUGUUUUUUGGCCUUUAGAAUAGGGUCGUUAUUUAGAAAUUUUGCUUUGGAACCUGUUGGAUUUCCAAAACUUUUGGAUUUCGCUUUCUUACAUUGAGGGCUUAAAGCUUUUGGUGUUCAAAAUCUCUUAGGGAAAAGAUAGUGAAGUUUCAUUGUUACUGCUGGAUGGAUUUGUUCUUUACCAGGCUGAAGUCAACUUGUCCCUGGUGGUGGCCUUUUCCACUCUGUUAACUCUGAGGACCAGGCAGGCAUGCAUUGGGCACUGCAGCCAGCAUCACCAGAGUGCAGAGUGGCCGGGUCUCUGGCAGAGGAGGAAGCAGAGAAGGGACCACUGCAGUUGUCUGUAUUGCCUUCUUUCUUAGUCCUUGUGUCAAGCCUGUUACUGCCUUAGAAUCUUGAUGAAUAAUUAGAUUUAUUUAUUACUUUAUUUAUUUUUAAAGCACAUUUCAUUUCGCCUUUGAAACAGUUUCCGUCUGUUUCUCAGAAGGCUUCCAUCUGCUCUGAGCCAUUGAGGCCACCUCUUCUCUGGAGUUGAAGCUGAUGAUUUCAGGAGACGUUGGGAAGUGAUUAUGUCCCAUGUCCGCCGGUCAGUCCUGUGAUGCUCGGGAGGAAUCUGCCCCUUCUGAGAUGGACGGAUGAUGCCAGCUUACCCAAGCACUCCCUGUGAGGAGUUCUGGGUGGUGAGGGGAUCUGUCCAUUUGCCCGGGAUUGAGGGCAGGAGACUUACCUAGCCAACCAGAGGUACCCUGUGAUUCCAGGACUUCAGGUCCUUUGCCUACUCUGAGGAGUCACCUUCUUCACGAUGUUUUCUUUAGGCUCGUUCCUUCCUUGCGUGGGUGCCUCACACCAAGCCUCCCCUCUGCUGAAGCAGAAGCUCAGAGAACAGGGCUCCUCACAGUCGGUCACGGUGGCAUCUCCGUUACGAACGAAGGGCGAUACAGCUGCCCCUUCUAUUCCUCUGGGAGCCAAGCCCCAAGUAGGAGAGGAUGCCGUGACCUGCCAUAGCAUCCCCAUCCUCGGAGUGGCCUCAUACCUCCACUGUUUUAUAUUCGAGUGCAUUUUUGUAGAGGAUUACACUGGCCCACAUUUAUAUACCUUGUAAGAAGUUAGAAAUUUGCUUAGUAACUGCCUAUUUGGGCAGUGAAAGCAACUUGCUCUGCGUUGUCCCAUCAGGUAGCUGAGUGACUACUCUUGUCAUCACUAAAGUUGAAUCAUGCCUUAGCUAAUUGAACAGAAUCUUUAUAAAGGAAUUUUCUACU